AUGUCGUGGAUAUUUGGAAAAUCAUCAACAUCAUCAACAACAACAACAACAUCCACUACUACUAAUAAUAACGAUCAAUCAACCAUUAAACAAACUUUAGGUUUUGAUCCUAAAGAAGUUACUGAUGUCAAUACCAUUAUAUCUACUCCUGGAGCCAUUUCUGCUAGUAGAUUACAUCCAUUAGCUGGAUUAGAUAAAGGAAUUGAAUAUUUAGAUUUAGAAGAAGAACAAUUAAAUACAGUUGAAGGUUCAAAAGGUUUAAUUCCAAGUAGAUCAUGGACUGAUGAUUUAUGUUAUGGUACUGGAGCAAUAUAUUUAUUAGGUUUAGGAAUUGGAGGUUUAUAUGGUUUUCAACAAGGUUUAAAAACUUUACCUAAUUCAUCAAUUCCAUUUAAAGUUAAAUUAAAUCAUAUUUUAAAUAAUAUUACUAAAAGAGGUCCAUUUUUAGGUAAUAAUGCUGGGGUAUUAGCUUUAACUUAUAAUUUAAUUGAUUCAACUAUUGAUGGUAUAAGAGAAAAACAUGAUGAUUUAAAUUCGGUAAUUUCUGGUGCUUUAGCUGGAGCAUUAUUUAAAAGUAGUGCUGGAUUAAAACCAAUGACUUAUUCUUCAGUAAUGAUGGCUGGAGUUGCUGGUAUUUGGUGUGGAUUGAAAAGAUUUUUACAAGAGUAA